AUGGAUUCAGAGAAAGCAAGCUUAGUUGAUGUAACCGAAAAUAACAAAGUAGUCUAUGUUCGUUCAUUGCUGAUAACGUUGGAUGUGGACUACACAGAUGAAUGGUUGGUUUUGUGGCUAUUUUGGGGGAUAAUAUCAAGUUGGAUUCGAACAUUGUUGUUUAAAUCGGACUGUACUGCUUGUCUGCUUCUUUUGACGGGUUGA